GGAAGAAGAGGGAGGAGCAGGGGAGAGACAGAUUUAUUUCCACAGCUGAGUGCCGCCCCUCUCUAUGGUUUGGUGUGGAUGUUGGACAGGCAGUCGAGAAGAGUGACGAGAAGAGGGCAAUAAACUGAGUGCAGGAGGAGGACUGUGGACAUGGACACUCUAGCACUAGAGGCCACUGGCAGUAAAAAGGCGGUUAACGGGGCGGUGGCAGCGCCGCCGUUAGUGCCAGCCCAAGCGCCGGUCAAACGCAAACCUGCUAAAAAAGCUAAAAAAGCUGUUGUUUUCUUUGAGGUGGAGAUACUGGAUGCCAAGACCAAGGACAAGCUCUGCUUCCUGGACAAGGUCGAGCCAAAUGCCACCAUCGGAGAGAUCAAGUCUAUGUUCCACAAGAGCCAUCCUCAGUGGUACCCAGCAAGACAGUCCAUUCGCCUCGACCCCAAGGGGAAGUCUCUGAAGGACGAGGAUGUUCUGCAGCAUCUGCCUGUGGGAACCACAGCAACCUUCUACUUCAGAGACCUGGGAGCCCAGAUCAGCUGGGUCACAGUGUUUCUGACAGAGUACACUGGCCCUCUGGUCAUCUAUCUGAUGUUCUACUUCAGGGUUCCCUUCAUCUACGCACCUAAAUAUGACUUUACCACCAGUAAACACUGGGUUGUACAUCUCGCCUGUAUGUGUCACUCUUUCCACUACGUUAAGAGGCUGCUGGAGACGCUGUUUGUCCACCGCUUCUCUCAUGGAACAAUGCCGUUACGCAACAUCUUCAAGAACUGUACCUACUACUGGGGCUUUGCAGCAUGGAUGGCCUAUUACAUCAACCACCCGCUGUACACACCACCCAUCUACGGAGAGCAACAGAUCAGACUGGCCCUCAUCGUGUUCUUGUUCUGUCAGAUCGGCAACUUUUCCAUCCACGUUGCUCUGCGAAACCUCCGUCCACCAGGCUCAAAGACCAGGAAGAUUCCCUAUCCAACCAAGAACCCCUUCACCUGGAUCUUCCUGCUGGUUUCCUGCCCUAACUACACCUACGAGCUGGGCUCGUGGCUCGGCUUCACCUUGAUGACCCAGUGCCUACCGGUGGCCUUCUUCACCCUGGUGGGUUUCAUCCAGAUGACUGUGUGGGCCAAGGGCAAGCACCGCAGCUACCUGAAGGAGUUCCGCGACUACCCUCCUCUCCGCUCACCCAUCCUGCCCUUCGUCCUGUAGAGGACCGCUGGGCCGCUCCCCGUUCAGCCACCCCACUUGUAGGAGUCAUGUUCCCCCUCGCCCACCUCUCCCCCUCUCAUCCUUUUCCUUCCUUCAAAAUUUACACUGGAACUUAGAGGACUGACAGACUUAAAGAAAUCUUAACCCUGUCCCCUUUUUUCUGCCCCCUUCAACCAGAUAGUCUCUUUCCCUUCCUGUUUCUCUGUCAUGAGUGAAAAUGUGAAACACUACACUUGCUCUAUUUUUUUAUCGCCCACAGACGAACCAUUUUGAUUGGCUAACAGACUUCUGUGCGCUUGAGUUCCCAGAGCAGUCAUACACCCGGUGUAUACAGUAUGAUGUACCCUACUGUGUAUAAAUACUGUUAACAUGCCUGACCAGGCUUACGUCAGCUUAUGCUGUUGUUUUGAGGCUGAAUCUGCAUCUGGUGAUUUUCAGCUUGACUGUGCAGUUAUGAUAUCCACUAAUGCAAAUCUGAAGGCAUGAUAGCAUUUGAUUUUGUUGAUGUCUGAAGUAAUUUAUUAAAAAAAGAUAAACCAAAA